UUUAUCAAACGAAACGCCAAACGGUCAUAAUUUUAGAAUCUAAACAAAAAAUUCCUCAGUUAUUAUUUAUUUAUUUAUUUACUUUUAGAUAUUAGAUUAAUUCUACAAGAGGCUAUUUAAACAAAACAAACAAAGAUUAAUUCUUCCAUGUGUAUACAAAUAUCAAGACUGUUGAAUAGAAGAGAAGAGAGUUACAGAUUGAGUUUACAAGUCUGUAUGUAAAUCCUCUAUACAGUGAAAUUUGAAGGCGACAAUAUAUUUUGGAAAAUCACCAAUUGCAGGACAAUUGGAGAAUUGAAUCGGGAGUUCAUCAAAUUUUCUCUUGUAUUACGAUUAUUACGUCUAGUAAUUUUUUUUUCCAACGCGUUAAAAAUGUACGGAAUGUGGUGGAAGGAUGAGGAUGAUUAUUACGGUGGUCAUUCUUAUAACAACGAUAGCGACGAUUAUGAGAAUGAUUUUGAUGAUUACAAUAAUACCGAAGAUUACACACAAAUAUUUCUUGCCGUACACAAUGGCGAUUUAAAUCGCGUCACAACUCUACUGAAGAAAAAUAAUUUAGAACGAAAUGUUUUUGGAAGAAGAAUGUUACACGUGGCGGCAGCACGAGGUCACUUACAAAUUGUCGAUUUAUUGAUCAAAAAUGGUGCUAAAAUUAAUGUCGAGGAUUAUAGUGGAAGAACACCUUUUUUCAUUGCCCUAAAGGAAAAGCAAGUCGAGAUAGCCGAAUUUCUUAUGGAAAAUGGUGCGUGUUUGGAUAUUCCGAGUGAGGAUGGAAAAACGCCACUUCAUCUGGCGAUUAAAAUGCAGAAUUUAGAAAUUGUCGAGAGAUUAUUGAAGAAAGGUGCGAAGGUGAAUGUACUCGAUGAUAUGUCUAGUAUGAAACCGAUUGAUAUUGCUGCCGAGGUUAAUGAUAUUAAAUUGGUGGAAAUUCUUUUGAAAUACGGCGCCAAGGAGGAUGUAGUUGAUGAAUGUUACGAAGGACAGGAAGAUGUUCGGGAAAGAAUGACGGCUUUACAUUUUGCGGCUAAGGUGGGAAAUUUAGAAAUGGUUAAAUUAUUAAUGUCCAACGGUUUUGAUAAAAUUGGCGAGGCAAAUGAAGAGGAUGAAACACCCCUAUGUUUAGCGGUUGUCAAUCAUCAUCUCGAGGUUGUGAAAUACAUGAUUGAAAGUGGAGGGAAAAUAGAAGAGGAUCUCAUCGAUCUCUGCGGAACUGACGAAGAUAUCCAAGUCUUGAAAUUUCUCCUCGAUUUAGGUGUCAAACAGGAUACGGAUUAUGCAGAAACAAUCCUUUCUCAAUCAUUUUCAAGUGGACAAUUAGAACUUUGGAAGUUCCUUUUGACCUGUUAUUCAAAAGUUGAUGCUGCUUUAUGCGCCAAGGAAACUGAGCUCCACUCCGCUGUGCGUAAAAAUGAAGUCGAGAAUGUAAAAAAAAUUCUCAACGAAAAAAAAUUGAAGUCCCAAGCAGGAAAAUUCGCACUUUACAUUGCCGUUGAAAAUGGAAACGAGGAAAUUGUAAAAAUUCUCCUCGAAGCUGGUUGUUCACUCGAGAGUUGUUUUGGUGAUAAAUUAACUCCUCUCCAUAUUGCUGUCACCUUUGAACAUACACGUUUAGCUGAACUUCUUCUAAAACACAAAGGGGAUAUCAAUUCAGAAACAAAAAAUCAUAUCGUUCCGUUGGAUUUUGCAGCAGCCAUGGGACAUUUAAACAUGAUUCGAUUUCUCGUCCUCUCCGGUGCUAAGUGCUCCCGAAAAAGUGAAAGUUCAGCACUGGAAAAAGUUCUCCGCAAAUCAAAAUUAAUCACACCUUCACAGUUUCAAAAUAAAUUGAAAAUAACCGAAUUGUUACUAUUUGCCGGAGAUCUCAAACAUAGAGACAAGUUCCAUAUUGAUCAUCUAUUAAAUAAAGCCAUCAAUAUAAGAAUUGAGAAUGAAACUGAACCGUCUGUUGAGAGUGAGGAAAAAAAGGGGGAAUUUCGUCCGGAAAUUGUCAGAGCUCUACUUAAUUAUUUAACGAAACGUCAACUUGCAGAAGUUCUCAAUUUACAAUUACAUCAUAAUAAUGAAAGUUGUCUCGAAUUUCUUAUCGAAUACUACGAUUCUAAAUUUAUUCCAGAAGAUUUUUAUUUUUCGGGAAAUAAUUGGAGUGAUUUAUUUAUAAUCAGUGAAAUGGAGAAUGGAGAGAAGCUUUUGAAUAAAACACAAAAGAACAUCUAUUCAAGUGCUUUGACAAAAAAUGAUGGUGAAGUGUUAAAGUUAAUAAUAGCGCGUCUUGAAUUAUUAGCACCAAAUUUUCAUGGAAUAAUUGAACGUUUCAAUUCAAAAGAUUCACUGGAAAAAUUUCGAAAUGAAUGUCGUCUACAAAUUAUAAAUAUGCAGAAUAGAAAAAUUACCGAUGAAUUAAAUUUGAAUUUUUGUGAUAUUCUAAUAAAGGAUAUUGAUGUAAUUGCGAAUUGCAUAAGAGAUGAGGAAUUAUUAAAUAUCAUUGAACAUUCGUACGAUAAAUUUCCCGCUUAUGGAAAAUUUUUAAAAUUACGUAUUGAGAAAGCAAAGCGUAAAAUUGAUUUAAUAGACAUGUCCACGAAUUGUUUGUUUCGCUAUAUUGAAGGGAAUUAUAAAAUUCAAUUUUCAACUUUUGAUAUUGAAAAAAUUUUACAAUACCUCUCAAUGAGCGAUCUUCGAAAAUUAACAUCAGCAUUUAAUACCGAACCAAAUACUUUUUGUUACCAAUUUGUUGCAAUCACUGCAACGAUUUUUGUAUUUCUAUUUUUUUACUCGAUUUCAGUGUAUUUCAUACAAAUGGAUUCAGAACGAGAAGACGUCGUAUUAUCGAAAAAAAAUGAAAUUCUAAAUGACACACAAAAGAAGAAUGACUCGUUGUUUUCCGAUUUAUUCAAGAACAAUCCAAUUGGAAAUCAUUUCAAUUUUGAUAAUGAUAAAUUUUUCCUCUACACAAUGGCGAAAGAUAGUAAACUUUUCAAGAAUAAAGAAAAUUCUUGUGAUGCAUCAGUUAGCAAUGAAUAUAAGACUUUAAUUGAAAAAAUUAAGAACAGGAUUAAAUCCCCCUUAAUUGUGGCAAUUGAAAAAAAUAAUCUCGAAGUUGUAAAACAACUUUUAAACAAUAUUAAUGUUAAAACUGUAACGCCACUUCUUUAUGCGGCAAAAUAUGGACAUUUGGAAAUAGUGAAACUAUUGUGUCAAUACGAUUAUCAUAAGAUUGAAAUUCGCAAAGGGAAUAGUCGAACACCAUUGUAUUUUGCCGUUAGAAACGGUCACAUUGAUGUUGUUAAAUAUUUAAUUGCAAAUAAUGCGAAGAGAAAUUUAUCAACGAAGGAUAUUCAUUUUCUUGUUCGUAAAUGUAUUUUAAAUAAUCGUCUCGAUAUUGUCAAGUGUCUUAUCGAUGGGAAUAUGGAAGAUUCGCCUUCUGAUAAUUUACUUCAUUAUUCAGCGACUCAUGAUCGUUUGGAUAUAUUCAAAUAUCUUGUUGAACGUGGUGUGAAGAUAAAUAUGAAUUCAAGCGAAACUCCCCUUCAUUGCGCCGUGAGAGGAGGACACACGGAAAUUGUUCGCGAAAUUUUAUCCGAAAGUAAAAAAUUCCAAGAAUUAAAUCACUCGUUCGGUGAUUUAAUUCACAUUGCAGCUGAGAAGGGAAACGAGGAAAUUUUCCAAAUGCUGAUAGAAUUUGGAUGCUCCGUCGAAAAUUAUUUCAAGGGAAAAUAUCCCAUUCACAUUGCAGCUGCAUUUGGACAUUGGAAAUUAAUAGAAAUUCUUUUGAAAUCCGGUGUUGAUAUUAAUUCAACGACAGAUAGUGAAGAAACUCCUUUGCACAUUGCAAUCGUUUUUGGACAAUUUAAAGUUGUUAAAUUUCUCCUAGACUCAGGGGCGAGACCUUUGGGGAAAAAUAUUCAUUCAAUAAAUAAUAUUUUAUCUGUUGAGAAAUGGCUAUUUGGAGAUUGUAUAGAAACGAGGAGUGAGAGACAAUUGAAAAGUCUGAAAUAUUUAGUUAAUUAUAUUCGAGAGGAAGAUCUUGAAAAUUGUUUGACAAUAGCUUUAAAAUUAGAUACACCAUCAAAAUUAAUUGAUGUUCUCUUUGAGUAUAAUGUUAAAUUUUAUUACAUUAUCACGUCAAAUUUAGAUAUAUUGGAAGUUGACAGUGAUUCGAUAAGUUUAGUCGAUAAUAUAAUAGACAUGAAUAUUCUCAUUGAAUUUUUAAAUUUAACAAAUUUAGCAUUGACAUUUUCGAUAAAUACUGAUGCUAAAGUAAAAAAUAAAAAUUUAUGUCAAUUAUUAGUUGCGCGUAUUGUUUUGAUGAAAUCAUUAGAAAAUUAUAGUCUAACUGAGAUAAAGAUGAUAAAAAAAGGAAUUGUUCCUUUUAAAAAUUAUUAUGAAGAAUGUAAAAGACAAUUAUUAAGUAUGAAAGAAAUGAAAAUUGAUGAGAAAUACGAUAUUACGUAUUAUGAUAUUUUAAUUCAAUCAAUUGGUCAGGUUUCGAAAUUUGUAAAAAAUGUAAAUUUACUUGAUGAUGCAACAUAUUCUGCGUACAAUGCAUUUUUAAAGAGACAUAUUGAAAAGGGCCGAGAGCGUAGAAAUUUAAUAGAAACAAGUUAUCAUUGUUUAUUUGUUAUCGUUCAACGAAAUCAUAAAAUACAACUGCCAAUUCGAAUAAUUGGAAAAAUUUUCGAAUAUCUCUCGGUAAUUCACAUGAGAAAAUUGUUAGCAGCCUAUUUUUAGAGAAUAGCAAUUAAAAAUGUUAGAAAAACGAAAAAAAACUUAUAAAGUUUAAUAAAAAAUUUCGUUUUAAAUUCAACUACUCGUUUUGUACUUGAAAUUCAUUUGUGAAAUAAAAUUUUAAUCUAAUUAUUUA